AUGGAAUCUUUAAUAUUUAAUGAACAGGAUGAUGACGAAGUGUAUAUUGCAGAGCUAACAUGUAGUAUUCAUGAAAAUCGUGAGCAAAAUGAGUCAGACGAUAAUGAAAAUAAUGGUAUUCAAGGUGAAAAUAUUCAAGAAAAUCAAGAUAAUCAAAAAAAUAUGACCUUACGAUUGUACAAUAAUGCGGUAAAUAAAUACUGA